CAAACCUCCAUUUCUGAGAUCCAAAGCUCUUUCUCUCUAUAAAAUGCUCUCAUAGUGUACUCCCAAAUUCACCACAACCAGAAGAAGAAGAAGAAGGAGAACCAAACCCAGACCCCCCCAAAACGUCACCGUUUCACCUCCUUCUUCUUCUUCUUCAAUGGCGGACCAAACUGGGAAAUCACAGAAAUCAAUCCCACCGUACGUGAAAGCCGUGGCGGGCUCGAUCGGAGGGGUCAUGGAGGCCUGUUGUUUACAGCCCAUCGACGUUAUCAAGACCCGCUUGCAGCUCGAUCGGUCCGGAGCUUACAAGGGUAUAGUCCACUGCGGCACCACCAUAGUCCGUACGGAGGGCGUGCGAGCUCUGUGGAAGGGAUUGACUCCGUUUGCGACUCACUUGACUCUGAAGUAUGCGCUUCGGAUGGGUUCGAAUGCGGUGCUACAGAGCGCUUUCAAGGACUCGAAUUCAGGGAAUCUCAGCAACCAAGGGAGGUUUUUUGCUGGGUUCGGUGCUGGGGUUCUUGAAGCUCUCGUCAUUGUCACUCCGUUUGAGGUGGUGAAAAUAAGACUGCAACAGCAGAGAGGAUUGAGUCACGAGCUAUUAAAGUACAAAGGCCCUGUACACUGUGCUCGUUUGAUCAUCCGUGAAGAAGGCAUCCUCGGGCUCUGGGCUGGAGCUGCCCCAACUGUCAUGCGCAAUGGAACAAACCAAGCUGCAAUGUUUUCAGCCAAGAAUGCUUUCGACCGGCUCUUGUGGAAGAAACAUGAAGGUGAUGGGAAAGUCCUCCAACCGUGGCAGUCUAUGAUAUCGGGAUUUCUUGCAGGAACAGCCGGUCCCAUCUGCACCGGCCCUUUUGAUGUUGUGAAAACUAGGUUGAUGGCCCAAAGCCGAUCUGGAGGUGAGUUGAAGUAUAAAGGGAUGGUCCACGCUAUCCCAACAAUAUAUAGAGAAGAAGGGUUACGUGCGUUGUGGAAGGGACUGCUGCCUCGGCUUAUGAGGAUCCCACCUGGACAGGCCAUCAUGUGGGCAGUGGCUGACCAAGUAACUGGCUUGUAUGAGAGGAAAUACAUACAUAAUGCACCCUUAUAAGUACCGUUCACAAUGUUUUGCUUAUGUUAGAUCCUAGUUUCAUUGAACGUAAAGUCACAUAUGAUUCUAUUUGAAUGGGAAAUAUUUUGAGCCAAAAUUCCCAGUACAAUACAUUCUUGUGCCGACCAGUCUGGUUUUACUGGCAAAAAAUCAUGUGUCACCCGCCAGCAAUGCCAUUUUUGUUGAUUUUGUAAUGAUCAUUUUUUUUUAUUAGGUUUUUCAGUACCCUAACAUGUUGUUAGGGACUAAAUCACUUUAAUUUCUUUGGGCUGUGAUGCCAUUUUUGUUGAUUUGUGCUAUGAUAAAAGUUCUAGGCUCUGUUUGGUAAGACUUUCUAACUAAGAUUUGAGAAUAUGAGUUGUAUUUUGAGUUUGUGUGUUUUGAAA